GGACGAGCCUCAAUGUGGGAAUUCCAUUCGCCGGGUGAGGAUGUUCAGCUCUUGGCUGCGAUGCAUCAGCGCGCUCCCCGGGGUCUCGAAUGCGUACAUGUACAACGAAGAGUGAUGGACAGCUUGGAGAUAUGAGUGCUGGUCGCCGCAAGCAAGGAGCUGUUGCAGACUUCUCCCCUUCUUGGCCUAUAUUUACACGCACUUUGUGUGCCGUGUCGAGCUGUAAUGAAUACCAUGGAGUACAGUAAAGACACGCCUGCUACGAACACCAGCAUGCCUUCACAUAGCUAUGGGAAGGCUAACGAAUACGUCCAACAUACUCAAGUCCAUCCUGAACCUAAUGCGGGCUUCCUUCCUCCUUCUCAUAGGGGUUACGCCGCCAAACUAGGGCCAUGGAACAUAUUUGUACUUGCUGUCGGUGCAAUUGCAAGCUUCCUCGCGAUGGCAUUCCUUGCACUUCUAUGGGCAGGAGCCGAAAGUGCAAGGAAUGGCGAACGUACGCCCUCGCUCUGGUUCUUCAUCGUUGACAACGGCUGGGCAACUCGCGUUGUUACAGUGGCUUCAGUCCUGAUCCGUCUCGCAACCGCCGCUCAAAUGGGUGUCUUUGCUGCACUCAUUGCAGCUUGGGUUCUCGAAACCACUGGCGCUUCUGCUGAGCACUUACCCAUGCUCUCUAUCAUUCGGACGGUCAACAACGGGCCUCAGUCGCAUAUCUGGAACGUCUUCCACUCGCUUCGAGUCGGAUCGAGAUACAUCUACUCCACCAUUGUCGUAGUGGCUAUCCUUGAUGCGCUCGCACUGCAGUUCACUUCCACCCUACUUAUCACGGACUUCAAGGAUACAGCUAUCGUUGCAGGAAACGCUCUCAGCACAUUCUCAGGAAACGAGUACAGCACGAUCUACUACACCGCCCACGAGCAGUAUGAUGAUGAAGCUGGAAGCAUUCAGGCAGGAAACGGUGUCGAUUUCUUCCAAGCCGGGCCAGCUGCUUACGCACGGUUUGCUGAAUGGGCAGAGGAGCCCCAAAUGGGUGCGGAUUACGCAGACACGGGCGCUACGCUCCGUGCUUUCUUGCCCUUCGGCUCAUCUGACACUAGGAGUGCUCUGCGUGGCUACGACGGUCCAGCCACCGUGGUCGACGCUCGUGUCCGAUGCGUCUUGCCUUCAAUCGAGAUUCACAACAUCACGUUCAUGUAUGAGUCUGGAAGCAAUUCCAAUUACGAGAUUGCAAUCGCAGGGAAAGUUACGACUCAGGGCAGUAUUACCGGUAUGAUACAGGGCGGAGACGACGGCGAACGCACAGGAAUAGAAGGUUUCUUUUUGAUCAGCGUGGUGGCCAGAAUAUACUGGAUCAACGCUACCGACUGGAGACUAUCUUACACCAUGUUACCGGCUUUCACGGAUAUCUCGGGCUUCUCGAAUAACGUCCUGGAACCUGAUAAUACAAGCUUUGCGCCGCUACUGCUGAUGAAUGCCACUGGUGAUGGCUGGCAGGCGGUCCUCGACGAGGUUGUCAACCAGCAGAUUGAGACUUCCUCAACCUUCAUCGUUGGCCCUUACGAGUGGAGCCAAACACCGGCAGGCGUGUGGACAGAUCUAAAACCUUCAUUUUCCAACUCCAGCUCUAAUUUCAGCUCCACCUUCAGCUCUAACUCCAGUUCGACGUUGGACAUUGGCUUGAGCGCCACUCUCUGCUUCGCCAACUUGAACGCCAACAACUACGCCAUUCAUGCAGACGACGGAGCAGACUUCGCUGAGCCCAAUAACAUGACCUGGAUUGCAGACACCAAAACCUACGACACCUCCGCUGUCCGCCGAAUGUUGGAUACGUCGACCAAAGACCUAACGCCCAAGCAGCGCGGCAUUCUCACUCUACACGCGCCCGCUGACGGCAACUGGACUACGCAAAAGCUCGACGACGACUCCGACUACAUUACCACGCCUAUCGUCACUGGGCUGCGCAAGCUCAACAACCCGGCCUCAUACUCUCCAGACUCAGCCUAUCUCGGCCCAAACUGGGGUGCAUCCGCUGCCUUCACACCCUUCUCCACCUACAACGGCGUACACAAGACGCACGCAGCCCUCUUCCAAGACGUGAUGAAAACGACCCGCAACCCAGCCCUCGCAUUCCAAGCCUUCUUCACCAUCGUCAUGCAGAUGACCUACUACGACCUGCUCCCGCAAUUCGACAUCGCCUCCAACGCGACCUACGCGAAAUCAGAGCGCGUCGAGGUGCCCGCGCAGUGGAUCGGGUUCGGCGUCGUCAUGGGCCUGCUGGUGCUGCACGCCGUGCUGAUCUGCACCGCCGUGGCGCUGUUUCUGGCCAAGACGGAUCACUCGCUGCUGGGCAAUGCGUGGCAGGCGGUGGCGCAGGUGUCGUCGAGCGAUACGCUGGAGACGAUGCAUUGUGCGUCGAAUAUGACGGAUCUGGAGGUCAAGCGCUUGCUGAGGAUGGGCAGUUUCGAGGAGAACGAUGUCGUACUUCGGACGGGGGCGGAGGGCGGGAGGAGUCAGGCUGUGUAUCGGAGAGGGACUGGGGAGGUUUAUUAGUGUUGUAGUCUGUCUCUCGUACUAUUCAGCGUCUUUGAUGCGUUCAAUUAUGAUUGUAGGCGCCGUGACAAUGGAUAUCGACAUAGACUGUUGCCUUACACAUAAUUCGCAUCUCGGAAGCUUCGAAAAGUCGAAGUCUACCGUCGUCUCGCCGUCAAUCUCGCCUUGACUUGUUGCGUGCUAUAAAUUCACAAGACU